AUGCAGGCGUCACCUGAGCGAACAACCCUUAAACGCCAGCGGUCCCGCCCUUCGGCGUGGUGGGCUGCCCCUCCGUCGAACGCGCCGCCGCCGUGGGUUCUGCAGGCACAGGCACAACCUGCUGAAGAACAAAUACGAGAACGUGAGCGACAGGCACAGACGCAGAAACGAAAAGAUGGUGCGGCGAAGCGGAAGAGGGGAAUUUCGGAGGCCCCACAAGCAGGAAAUAGAGGGGUGUCUAAGUCUAGAGCAGGAGGAGACGGAGGGAAGAAGGCUGAGAAUAGGAGGUCUGGUGGGUCUGGAAAAACUGGCGAGGAGAAGGGGAAGGGUAGUGAGGUGCAUGGGGAGGGGAAUAGCAAGGUAGUGAGGAGAGGGAAGUCGAGUGGUGGUGCGCAGGAUUUGAUGGGGUUGGAGAUCCAGAUGGGGGAGAGUGGAAAGGUUUCUGGAAAGGGACAGAAAAGAAAGCCUGAGAAGAAGGGAGUCACUACGCAAGGGUGGAAUGGAUCUGCUGCUGAGGAGAAUGAGAAGGCAUUGAGGAGGGGACGGUCGUCUGGCGGGGAGGCUGAGUUGAGGGCGUUGGGGGAGAGCUCGAUGGGCACGGAAGCUGCUUCUGGAGACACAUCUGCUGCUGCUCGGCUUGAGGAAGAUGACAAAAUAAAAUCUACGGGUGAGGUCACUGCGAAGAAACGAGGCAGGUCUGCUGCUACGCAUGUUGACGAGCUUGACGCGCAAGAAGAUGGAGAACACGCUGUAGCGAGAAGACGAGGUCGUUCAAGUGUCGUUGGGGCACAAAUGCAGGUCGAAAAAAAACCCACUGAGGAAACGGCUCUCAGGAACCAAGGCCGCCCUGUUGUAGUCCAUGAUGAAGACCAGGUCGAUGAAUUAGUCGACGAGACUCUCGAAAUGGCUGCCCCCAAGAAGAAAAGCCACCGCUCUCCUGCUGUGCCCAUGGACAAAGCUGAAGGGGCAUUAAAAAAAGCCUCAGAAAGACGUGGUCGACUUUCAAUUUCUGGACAAGGCCCUAUUCCAAAACCUCUACAGGCACCCGUUGAUGAAGCCCAAAGGGCCACCAAAAAGCGCGGCCGACCUACAGCACCCGAAGGCUCAGCCGAAGCAGUAUCCGAUGAACCUGCCACCAAGAAAAAACGUGGCAGAAUAUAUGAUAACGGGCUUCUUGAGCCGAACAUGGCACAGAUUACAAAAACGGGCGCGCCAGUCAGAGGACGCGCCCGCACACGCCCAUCAGACGUUGUUGAACCAGAGCCAUCGAAGCCCAGGGAUCAAGAUAGGGGCCGGAAACGGACUCGCCAGUCAGAUGUCCAUAUUGCCGAACCUGUGGCUCAACUCGAAAGUAGAGGUCGAAGGAGGACUAGGAGAUCAGCGGAAAUUGAACAAGACACUGUCCCUGAACUGGCCCACAAAGCUGUCCCCAAAGCCGUCAAGGCCAAACGACGAUCGGAGGUUAUUGAAGUCGAAGCUGCUUCUUCAAAGCUCACCAGAAGUCGCAGUGAUAAGCGAGCGAAACCUGCCACUACCACUACUGUUCCCAAAGCUGGCAAAGCUUCCUCGUCUACUCAACCUCCGGUCAAGACCAAGAAGGGAGCUCGCUCUGCUACCGUGGUCACAGAGAUAGAGACCCCUAACUCGGCGCCAUCUCAAACUAGGAGAAAGAACUCCAAGCGGUCAUCAGAAGUAGAAGUACAGUCCCGGAAACACAAAGCGGUCGAAAAACCUGAGCCUCUCAAGCGUCGUCGUAGUAGCAAACUCUCCGUUCAAGAUCAACAUGAAGAACCCGAACCCGAGCUAGCACCGUAUCAACAUCUGAGAGCAGUGACUCGUAAAGUGUCACGCCAGACAAUUGAGAAAAAGUGGGAACCUCUCCCGCCUCUAUGUGUCGAUCGCAUCACACAACUCCUCCAAGAUACUCAAAGACCCGUCCUGGUCCAUCUACACGACGAGAAGAAAAAGAGUCAAGCCAGCUCAGCCAUGCAGAGCAUUGCUCGCCGCCUCACGACAAAAGUUUCCCGAGGGCUACCAUUCCCACCGGGAAGUCGGAAACAUCGGGAAGACGACUUCGAUUUUGAAAAGAUCGUGGAAUUGAAUCGUGUUCUGGAGGCGCAACUGACUCCUGCUCUGCAUUCGAACGCGCUGCUAGAGGCGGAAUUGAGAAAAGAGCUAGCCAUGCUGGAGUUGGAGAAGGCGAGUAUGGUAGAGUUGGAGACAAACGCCAAUAGCGAGGCUGUGGCAAGGAAUAAAGCUGCGAGAAAGUUGCAUCAUGCUCUCCAGCUAGAUGAUGUAUUAGGCGAAGAAGUAUUGAGGGACGAUAUUGGGUUGGAUUUCGAGCGGCGGCUUCAACCAUUGGCUUUUGGGUUACAAGACGAUCCGGAUUUACAGGACUUGGUCAACAGCCUCGAAGGUCACGUGAAUACGGUUCAGGGAAACCUCAAGCAGGUGGAAGGGGUCUCUCAGGCGAUGGCUAAUAGUAGGGCCGCUGUCCAAGCCACGCUGUUCCAUCGUCUGGACAGUGCACGCUACGAUGAUGUGGUUCUGGGCUUUGAGGAAUGA